UGUAUAGGUUUUUAACGUAAGCCAUGAAGAAUCAAGAUUCUGAAAGCGGGUUCAGUCCACCUGCUGAUGGUCAUGAGGGUAUAAUGGUUGGUGGCUUAUCAGCUGAAGGGACAGAUAUUGUUGGCAGAGAGGAUACUCUGGAUGUUGCUCAGUCUACUGGACCUGAAACCAAUUAUGAAAUUUGCAAAAAAUCAGAUGAUCAGAAUGGGCUUGAUCCAAACCAUGAUAAUGCAAGCACCAGUGAUGACAUACUGAAUGGAACAAAUGCAGGAGAUAGCAGUGAGUCAUUAGUUGUUCAAAAUCCUUCUGCUGUAAAUGGCUUGCAUAAUCUCCCAACUGAACCUUCAACUGCUGAUGUUUCAGAUGAGCUUAGUAGACAGCUUGAAGACAUACUGAACACAUAUUGCUGCAAUCUGGCUGAACAGGGUUCUACUGUACAACCUGAGGAGUCACCUGAAAUGGAAGAAGCAGAAAAAUGUGUUAAUAGAGAGCCUCUGAGAAAUGGUGUGCGGGAGAUUGUAUGUGGGGGGAUAAGUGAAGACAUUGAAAAAGCUGUGAAGGCAGAGGCUCGUGUGGAAGAUGUGAAAGAAAAUGGAGAUAUUCCUAACAACAAGGAUCAGAAAAAAGCUCCAGAAAAGAAGAAAGCCAAAGCAUUAGGAAAGGAAAUAACAUUGCUGAUGCAGACACUGAAUACUUUGAGCACCCCAGAGGAGAAGCUUGCUGCACUUUGCAAGAAAUAUGCAGACAUGCUUGAAGAGCACAGAAAUACUCAAAAGCAAAUGAGACUUCUACAAAAGAAACAAACGCAGAUCAUUCAAGAGAAGGAUCACCUUCGGAAUGAGCACAGCAAAGCUAUUCUGGCACGCAGCAAGCUAGAAAGUCUAUGUCGUGAGCUGCAACGCCAUAAUCGAACUCUUAAGGAAGAAGGGGUUCAACGUGGAAGAGAUGAAGAAGAGAAGCGCAAAGAGAUCACUUCUCACUUCCAGGUCACUCUAAAUGAUAUCCAGACGCAAAUGGAACAACAUAAUGAAAGGAAUUCCAAACUGCGCCAGGAGAAUAUGGAACUGGCAGAGAAACUGAAGAAACUGAUAGAACAGUAUGAGUUGAGAGAGGAGCAUAUUGACAAGGUAUUUAAGCACAAAGACCUGCAGCAGCAACUCAUUGACGCCAAACUCCAGCAAGCACAGGAACUGCUGAAAGAUGCAGAGGAGAGGCACCAGAAAGAAAAAGAAUAUUUGUUAAAGGAGACAGUGGAGAGCCAAAGGAUGUGUGAGCUCAUGAAACAGCAGGAAGUUCAUCUAAAACAGCAGCUGGCAUUAUACACUGGAAAGUUUGAAGAAUUCCAAGCUACACUUUCAAAAAGUAAUGAAGUUUUCACAACCUUCAAACAAGAGAUGGAAAAGAUGACAAAAAAGAUCAAAAAGCUGGAAAAAGAGACCACCAUGUAUCGUACCAGAUGGGAAAGUAGCAAUAAAGCAUUGCUGGAUAUGGCAGAGGAGAAAACCCUGCGUGACAAGGAAUUUGAAAGCCUUCAGGUAAAGAUUCAGCGCUUGGAGAAAUUGUGUCGUGCUCUUCAGACUGAAAGGAAUGAUCUGAACAAAAAAGUUCAUGACCUCAGUGUUCAGUCAACUCCACAAGAUGGCAACAGCAAAGAGAUUGGGGAAAAGGAAGAAGAUAUGCAAUCCGUAAAUAAAGUUUCCCCAGAUAAUCAAAGCAAAGAUUACACUGCCGAUGUUUCUGCAAAGGCUGAUUGCCCAGCUCAAGAGACUCUGCACUCAACUGAAGUUUGUGUUUGUGUUACCAAGGAGGUACAGCCACCCAUGUUUACACAUAGUCAAGUGGAAACUAACAUUGAAGCUUGUAGCAUUCAGUCUGAAGUAUUACCAUCCAGCAGCUCUGUGGAGUAACUUAUUGCCCCUGUAGGGAGGGAGAAUAUGAACAGAAGGGCACAUCUAAAUAUUGCUGUAGUCCAAAAUCCCAUGUACUAACUGAAAGCACUAUGGUUCAUAAAGCUCAGAUUUCUAUGUUUUGGAUGAAAGUAUUAUUCAUUAAUUAGUGACAUAAUAAGUUAGUUAUCUUGAAGGUUUAAUGACGGUCAGAAUCUGUUUUACCAGAUAAAUGAGAAUUUUAAGUGAGGGAAAAGUGUUGGAUUGCUUGUAUGCAAGAAAGGAAGUGAUCCGAAAAGAUUAGAGACUUCAUGAAAGAAGAUAACCCAAUUGGAAAUUCAGACCAUUUUUCCUGGCAAAGUUUUAGAAGUCUAUUUAUACAGUUCAUAAGAUGAUUGCAAUUUGUUGCCCUCUGUUAUGUAAGUAAUUGUUAUGACCUUUGGAGGGCAUGAGCUGCCCUUCAGUUCCUUUCAUUUUAUUAAUCCCUUUUACCAACUGCAGUUGAUCUGUUAACUUGCUGUUCUCAAUCACUGGUGUUGCUCCUCAAUCAAUUAGAAGGCAUGCAAGUGAAAUGGCAAAACUUGGCUUCUUCCCCCCCCAUUUAAUGGUAUGGUAGUGGAAGUGAACCUGGCAGAAUGACAGGGAAGGAGGAAGAGUAUGAAUUGAAUCUGUCUCUCAAAUUUACCAACUGCUGCAUUGUACUUUUUAAAAUUAACUUUGCAGCUGAUCACGUUUGAGUUGCAAAAUAUACUUUGAUGGGGGGCUUAAGAAGAAUAAAUAGCUUGGGGCAUGUCUGUUGAAAGAUACUUUGCUGAGACAAAUGUGAUUCAAUAUUAAAUUUAAUAGUGAAGUUGGACAUACCACUGUCAAAAAGCCUUUGAGGGCAUGUUCUUUGCUAAUCAAACUUUGUAUGAAGAAGUAAAACAGCUCCAUAAUCAAAACAUGUUUUUAAAAUCAUCUUUACACUUGGCCUUUUUCUUGCAUUCACAUAAGCUUGUUUCCAUAUACUUCAUGCAAUAUCCUUUUUAGAUGAGGGUUCAAACAAGACUUUUUUUUAAAUGACAGUCUCGAUAUGUCUCAAGUAAAAUCUCUGUCUGAACUUUUUAAUGCAGAUUUUUUUCUGUGAAGUUUAUAAUUCCAAAUAUUGCCCAUAUGGAUAGUGCUUAUGACAUUGACUUUUUGAAAGACCUGAUUAGUGAUAAUUGAUGUAGCCAUACAAUGCUGAUAAACCUGUGACCAUUUCAUAGAAUUGUGUAAUGAUAUUUUCCAUAUACGAUCUUCAAUUUGUUCUGAAGCUUCCAUUGUUAAAGAUUUUUGUUUUGAGAACCUUUAUCACUGAUGUAUGGUGUUGGUUUUCCCUUGUAACCACAAUAUUGGCUACCAAAGAAAAUCUUUCAUAAUACUUGGCAUCCAAAGUGCUAGUAACUGAAUUGUAGAGGAUUGUGAUGCAAAAUCUCUUACAUUGCACAAACUUGAGUUAUUUCAUUAUAUUGAAGAAAUGCUGGAUCUUUUGGAGUUUCUCUAUGAUUGUCUAGGAAUUAAUUUUGAAAUUUCCUUUAACAGAUCCUCUUUCACACACACACAUUGGUGCUGUUGGAUUAUUUGCUGUUAAAGUUUGAUAUGUUUACCAAUAAGUUUUGGAUAGUUUGGGCCUAUUUCAUAUCAUUCUAACCUUUUAACAUUUUGUGGAUUGAUGCAAUUUGAAAUCUCCAGACGAUUGAACAGAAGUUCCAGGGAAUCUUAAAGAAAAUACCAGAAUCUUCACUUUACUGUCAAAGCAUAAAUGAACUUCUCUCAGGAAGUAAUAACUCUUUUCCAUCUAAUGAGAAGUGCUAUAACUUUUCAUUUCCCCUCAGGUUUCUCAAUGUGUUCCUGUCAUUUUGCGUGGAAUGGGGAGGAUAAAGUUGCAUCAGUGCUUUCUACCCGCAGAUAAUACUGCUAUGUAAACAUACUGUAACACAGAUCUACUACAGUUAGGUGUGAUUAAUGAGCUCAGUAGUUUUACAAAAUUCUUUAAGAAUUUGAUUCAGCAUGUGUUGAAAUCAUGUCAAUGUUUGGGUUCCCCUUCAAAGGGAUAAAACAACCAAAACUGUCAAGAAAGUAAAGAUCGAAAGAGAGAGAACCUAUUUCUUUAGCACUGUGUUUUUAAAGAACUUGGUUCCAUGGUCCGGUUUAAUGGUCAGAGUGGAAUACAAUUACAGAGAAAUUAAACAUGAUACUUGGCAGUGAUCAUUUCAGCCUGUAUAUUAUCAUUCAUUAAAUGAUCUUACACGAUUUCAAAAUGUUAUAAAACAUGUCCCAAGUAUUAUGAAAAUUAAUUAGAAUGGGAAAUUAUGUUGAAAAAAAACAAUUUCAGUCAAACAGCAAUUUAAGAAAUACUAACCUAAUAAUGCAUUAUCAAGUUGGAAAGUAGAUGGAAUGCAGUGCCAAGAUUUUGAUAUUUAUGCAUAUUUUCAAUGUAUAUUUCAUCAGAAUCAGUCAUCACAUUGUAAUGUAAGAAUGCAUGCUACUUAGUCCACUCCUUGUAAGGUACCUGGUGUAUAUUUGUAUGUAUGAUGUGUAUGUAUGCAGUUACUUUGUACCAUGUGUGCGUGUUACAAUUGAACAAUUACAAUUCACUUUUUUCGCAGUGUUACCAUUAACCUAAAACUGGUCCAUUCAGUCAUGACAAAAUCUCUCGUAUCAUUCCAACCACUAUCAUUAGUAUAUUAUGUCUGUGUUAUCUGACGGGCGAAAUCAGUAUAGUGUGUGUACCAUUCAAUCAGUCCAUAGAAUUGGAAUGUUUCCUCCUCUCAAGAACCAAAACACAAUGCUGAACAUUAUAAUUUUCAAUAAAUUUAUUUGAGAACAUUG